AUGUGGAAGAAGAUUUUCAAAAAGGGGGUCAGUCGUAAAGGCAAAGCAAAAAGUCCGAUCCACAGAGACAGUAAGGAGGAACAAGAUGGCUGUGUCGAAGAUUUGCAGAGUGCACUAAACAGUGCUAAGCAUUAUGGACAACUUGACCUCAUCCAAGAACUGAUCGGUAGAGGAGCCGAGGUGAAUAAAGUCGAUAAUGACAGUUUUACUGCACUACUGCUAGCUUUAGAUGGUCGACUUGAUGUCACUAAAUAUCUCAUCAGUCAAGGAGCCGAGGUGAAUAACAGCGGAAAUCUUAGUUUGAACCCGUUACGUGUAAGUCGUAAAGGCAACGCCAAAAGUCCGAUCCACAGAGACAGUAAGGAGGGAAAUGAACAAGAUGGCCGUGUUGAGGAUUUACAGGGUGCACUAAGCAGUGCUGCGCAGAUUGGACAACUUGACCUCAUCCAAGAACUGAUCGGUAGAGGAGCCGAGGUGAAUAAAGUUGAUAAUGACGGUAGGACUGCGUUACAGCUAGCUGUACUGAAUGGCCAUCUUGAUGUUACUAAAUAUAUCAUCAAUCAAGGAGCCGAGGUGAACAACGGCGGAAACCUUAGUGUGACCCCGUUACGUGUAGCUGCAGGGUUUGGUCAUCUUGAUAUUACCAAAUUUCUGAUCAGUCAAGGAGCCGAGGUUAAUAAUGGCGGAACUGAGGUCAAGGAGCUGAAGUCAAUGAGAGCAGCAAUGAUGGUAGGACCACAUUACAUGUUGCUGCACAGAAUGGUCAUCUUGAUGUCACCAAAUAUCUCAUCAGUCAAGAAGCUGAAUCAAGGAGCAGAAGUGAAUAAAGACGAUAAUGAUGGUUGGACUGCAUUACAUUCAGCUGCUAAUAAAGGACAUCUUGAUGUUGUCACAGAAUUAAUCAGUCAAGGAGCUGAUGUUGAUAAGGCUAGUGACAAAGGAUGGUCAGCCUUAUACCUUGCCGCAGCUGCUGGUCAUGUUCGUGUUUCAAGUGCUUUGCUUCGUCAGCAAUCUGGGCUGGCCACAUCAAAUAUAAUUCCUUGGACGGAGUUUCAUUCCGCUGCAGAGAGAGGCGAUCUUGAUUACGUGAAAAAUCAAGUCAGUCAAGGAGCCGAGCUGGGUAAAGCCGGUUCUUUUGGUUGGACAGCCUUACAACUUGCAGCAAGUAACGGACACCUUGAUAUGAUCAAAUAUUUGCUAAGUCAAGGAGCUGAUGUGAAUUCUAGCAACUCUUUUGGUAGGUGUGCCUUGCAUAAUGCUGCGACGAAAGGGAAGUUGGAUGUCGUGGAAUAUCUGAUCAGUGAAGGGGCCGAUAUGAAUAUGGGAAAUGACUAUGGAUCGACUGCCCUGCAUUUUGCAUCAACAUAUGGCCAUUUAGAUAUCGUGAAAUCCCUAAUCAGUCAUGGAGUGGAGGCAGAUAUUGGUAACGCAAUUGGAGCCACUGCUCUCCAUUAUGCUUUAUGUAAUCGUCAGAUCGACAUUACCAAGUAUCUGCUCAGCCAAGGCUCUGAACUGAAUAUGAGAAGCGUGAGGCCCUCCGUCAUCUUACAAUUCGAUGGACAGUAUGGUCACUAUGAUGGUGUGCGAUGUGUGCAUAGUCGUGUAGUUCAAGCAGUUAGCAGACUAAUUGAUUCUCUCACUGUCUUUAGAGGUGCUACAGAAAGUGAUCUUGGUAGAAGCAAAUAUCAAGAUGGCGAUGAGGAAAAGACAGUUCAAGGUGGAAUUGUUAUUGUGCAAAGGCCACUUAUAUUGUCUGAUCUUGACAUUCAAGAUAUUCUUGCAAGUCAAGGAGGCAGAACAGUUAGUCGCACAUCAUUACAAUAUGCUGUAGAAAGUGACAGUUUAGCAGUUGUUCGGUAUCUGGUCAGUCAAGGAGCUGAAGUGAAGGAAAGCAACAAUGCUGGCUGGACUGCUCUUCAUAUAGCUGCGCAAAUGGGUAAUCUUGGUAUUGUAGAUUAUCUACUUGGACAAGGAGCCGAAGUAGCCAAAGGAGACGUUGAUGAUAUCUCGCCUUUGCAUGUUGCUGCAUUUGUUGGCCAUUGUCACGUUACCGAGCAUUUGCUUAGGCAAGGAGCAGAGGUCAACGGAGCCACCAAGGAGAAAGGUUCUACAGCCUUACAUGUCGGCGUGCAGAAUGGUCAUCUCGAUAUCACAAAAGGCUUGCUCAACCACGGAGCCAAUGUUGAUGCGACAGACAAUGGCGGUUGGACUCCCUUGCACAUUGCUGCUCAGAACGGUCAUAUCGAUGUUAUGAAGUGUCUACUUCAGCAACUUGCAGAUGUUAGCAAGGUUACUAAGAAGGGAUCAUCUGCAUUGCAUUUGUCUGCUGCAAAUGGACAUACCGAUGUCACAAGAUAUCUAUUGGAGCACGGAGCUGAAGUAAAUCUAAGUAAACCUGGAAAGACUGCAUUGCAACUGGCUGCAAAACAAGACCAAGUACAUGGGACAAGUACAGAUACGUGGUGUGCUGAAGGGCAGGAACAUCCUUCUUCCUCAAAUGGCCGUGCAGAUACUGAGGUUUUAACAGAAGAUGAGAAGAAGGUUGUUUGGCAACAUCCCCAGAAAGGCUGCACAGCAGUUCAUUUAGCCACGCAAAAUGGCUACACCUCCAUCAUUGAGACAUUAGUUUCUCAUGGCGCCGAUCUCAACAUCCAGUCCAUAGACGGACAGACCUGUCUUCACGAAGCCAUAAGUCUUUCAGGUCGGGAGGACAGCAAAGUUGAAGCAACGCCAGCACUCCAAAAGAUCUCAGAAGAGUUCUAUCAGAAUGAAUUGUCUCCCAGGAAGGCCCUGGUCUUCUAUCUCUUGGACCAUGAAGCAAAGUCGGACAUCAAGGAUAACCAAGGCAACCUACCAGUCCACUAUGCCAAGGAUGAAGUCAUUCGCCAGAUGAUAUUCUCAAGGUCUCCUGCCAUGAACAUCAUCAGAGCUGAUCGAGGUAACACUCUAUGUUAA